GCUAUUAUACAUUCCGUUGCAGAGCGUUUUUACCUGGCAUUCUUCAAGGGGAUAAGUCAGACUCUCUUCUGUACGGUUCUGUUGACAAUGGCAAGAAGAUAUGUUGGAAUGAAGAUUUUCAUUCCAAGGUUCUUGAGGCUGCUAAGCGCCUUCAUUUGAAGGAACACACUAUCCUAGAUGGAUCUGGAAAAGUUUUCAAAUUAGCUGCCCCAGUGGAAUGCAAGGGUAUUGUUGGUAGUGAUGACAGGCAUUAUCUUCUGGAUUUAAUGAGAGUAAAUCCUCGCGAUGCAAACUAUACUGGACCUGGAUCCAGAUUCUGUAUCUUGAGACCAGAAUUAAUUACUGCCUUUUGCCAGGCCCAAGCUGCAGAAAGAUCAAAAUUUAAGUCUGAAGGAGAUGCUCAUGUGACCACUGAUUCUUCAACAGUUGCAGGUGUUAACGAACAGGAUGUAACAAAAGAAGGGAGGGAUGAGAAUGUUAAGGAUUGUGCUUCUUCCCAAUCUGAAACUGAACCACAUGAGGACAUUCUUUUCAACCCUAAAUCAAUGCCUGAAUUGAAAUUUAUUAUUUGUGUUAAAGCUGUCAUGUUCAUAACUUUUCCAUCUUUCUGCAAAUGA